AUCCAUGUUCACUUGUGCAAAUGUGAUGUGUGCAGUGUGCUUGUUUAAGGCCGAGGAGAAGGAAGGGAGUUUGAUGUGAGACAUGAUGAAUCUUGCUGUUUUCAACAAAAAAUAUUGAGGAUUCAAUUUUAAUAUUUUUCUACUUCUACUUGACUUGACAGCUCAAGUUGUCAUCUAAUCUAGGUAGCUCUUUGUUCAUCUGCUACUAAUACACUAAUAAAAACCCUUGCUCGACCAUACCUACCCAGCUACCUAAGGUAAUCUUCUGAUCUGCGGAAUACCUUACAUACCACGCCCCACUGGAAGUGCUACCUACCUCUAACAGAUAUCUUAAGCUACUAGGUUAGGAGGCGUUGAAUACCGGGUCUGCUAUAGCUAAAGCUACGAGCUGCAUAUACUGUUCUAUCCUAAUUAAACGAGGGAGAACUCAACCCGCUACGUCGAGCUCCAUCUUCGUUACAUCAUGAAUCGCUCGCUCUCCAUCCGUUCUAAUAAGGGAGGCCCUGCUGGUCCACCGACGCCCGCCCGCCGCAAGGGCUUCUCGUUCGCGUCGCUGCGCGGGUCGAUCCAGCCGGAGCUGUCGCGGCGCCUGUACCAGCUGAUCAAGUCGAGCAACAACCUGGUAUCGGCGCAUGAGACGGCGGGGCGGGAGCGCGAGACGAUCGCAAAGCAGCUGUCAGAGUGGGGGGAGCAGACUGGGGACGACGCGGUGUCCGACAUCAGCGACAAGAUCGGCGUUGUGCUGUCCGAGCUGGGCACCCAGGAGGAGUCGUACGCCCACGGCCUCGACGAGGCCCGCGGGGUCCUCAAGUACGUCCGCAACACGGAGAAGAGCGUCCAGCCCAGCCGCGACGCCAAAGCCAAGAUCACCGACGAGAUCCAGAAGCUCAAGCUCAAAGAGCCCCAGAGCCCUCGCCUAGCCAUCCUCGAGCAGGAGCUGGUUAGGGCCGAGGCUGAGAAUCUGGUCGCCGAGGCCCAGCUGACGAACAUCACUCGUAGCAAGCUAAAGGAAGCCUACGACGCCGAAUUCGCGGCCGUGAUCGAGCGCGCAGAAAAGCAGAUCAUCCUCGCGAAGCACGGCCGGCGCCUCCUCGAUCUGCUAGACGACUCGCCCGUCACGCCCGGGGACGCGAGGCAGACGUACCAGAACGGCGCCGCAGCUCGGCAGGUUCUCAACGAUGCCGAGGACGACCUCAAGAGCUGGGAGAAGAACGCGGACGGCUACGGCUCGGUUGCGGGACACGACGAUAUGGCAGGAGGAGGCAGAGGUCACGCCGUUAGCGACGGUGGCGCCGCACCGGGUUUCACCGGGCACUCGAGGGGCGGUAGUGGUGGUAGCGAUACGCAUGUUAUGACUGGCGCUGGCCGCGCUUCUGCCGAUGGCGGCGAGCAUCAUCAGGCCGUGAGUGCUGCGGGUAACGUGCCGCAUGUGAGCCCGACGCCAACUUCCAUUGAUGGAGAAUGAUGCGAGGAGAGUCGAAGUUGUAAGAAGAACAGGAGAAUGGUUUCUCGAGCUUGUAUGAUACCUUUUAUCAUGGUGGAGGGACUUUCGGCAAAAAAAAAAAAAAAAAAAAAAGAAGAAAAAAAGGAAGUUUUGUUUAGUUUAGAGGUAUAUGUGGUUAUAUCCUCUCUGCUUGGAUUAGGUUAAGGACGGAAGGUUUUAGGAGCCGGUAACAGAAAUAUGAUACUGGGCUUGCAAUGGGAGGUAGGUAUUGGGAACGGUUAAGUAGGACUUCAAGUUGGUAUGGGCGUUAACUUCAUAGGUAUUUUCUAAUAGCCAGUUAAUAAAUCAGUUGAUAAAUCAGCUUCAUUUUCCU